AUGUCUAGUACGGGGGUUACGACGACUGGGCCCGUGAACAUUGUGAAAGGCAACCAUGGCGAGUUAGUCGCGUUCUUGGUGCUCAACAUGUGGCCAUCGCAUCUCGGGCUACCUGUCUUGCUCGCAAUUGUACUAUUUUCCAAGAGGGUGAAGCGGCACCCAACUUUCAUCAAUUUGAUCAUAGCAUUGAUGAUAGUGGGCUUUUCUUCGAGUCUACUAGUAUAUGCUGGCAGAACGACAGGACCAGAACCAUCCCGGAUGCUCUGUCUAUUACAAGCCUCUCUGCUGUACGGGAUGCCGGCGAUUUCGUCAACAUCAGCUUGUAUGCUAUUUCUACAGAUGUUCUACAUGAUUAGGGCCGCAUACCACGGUAAACAAUAUCAGGAAAUGGAUCAUAUGCUUCGUCUCUGGCUGAUGCUGAUCGCGCCCUACGUCGUAUUCUUUGCCUCCAUGUUGGCGACUGCGAUUGUUGGGGCCUCGCAUCCUGAGCAAGUGUCUCGGAGUCGCCGUUUCUUUUAUUGCUCUUUGGACUGCCUGCCCAUUACCAAUACCAUCACCCUCUUCUCUGCGGGAGUGUUGCUAGUGGCGCUCAUCCUCAUUAUCUGGACGACCGUGAUGAUUUACAAACGUUGGAAGCAGUCCCUAGGUCAAGGCGCCAAAGCUCGGUGGACUUCUGAUCUUAGUCUUCCAAUCCGCAUCAUCUGUUUUGGAUUCUAUGUUAUCAUUUGCAUGAGCUUGAGCCUGCUUUCGGUCAAAUCACCGUCUACUCCUGUCCCAGAUGUCCUCAUUUCGACAGCCGCCACGGUGUUCCUAUUCAUCUUUGGGACACAACCUGAUAUUCUCUCUGUUCUGUGUUUCUGGAGGAAGCCCAAAUCACGACGAGUUACAGAAUCCUAUAAAGUUGACCUCCAGAGAGAAUAUGAUCAGGAAUCUGGUGUCAGUGAACCAAAAUAUCGGUCUCCGGUCACACCGCGUCCAGGCGCUUUUUGA